AUGACCCCCUCCACGGCAAACCACGUUUCCCUCCCCGAGCCCACCUCUCUAACCAAUAUUCCCUCUGCCAAGGCCAUGGUCUUCACAACCACCCACACGGGCGGCGUCCUCCGCACCCAGGAAAUCUGGUCCGUCAUGGACAGCGGCGCCGUCAAGCUCACCGCCGCCUCCGCGCCGCGGCCCCACCCCGAGGCGCUGCUGUUCGACGUGCCCCUGCGCAAGGACAGCGUGACAUUAUACUGGGAUCGAUCGCACAGGAUCGAGUCCGCCAUCAUCAACGCCACGGGACACGCUCAGCAGGUGGCUUGUGUCAAGUGCGCGCGGGACAACGGGCCCUUUCGCCAAUGCGUGCACGAGCUGUUCGUUUCGUACUGGCCCGGGCGCCACAGGACCUCAACUCCCAGCCCCCAUGGACCAGCUCCCGCAACACAGGCCGCUGUCGCUCCCGGGCAUCCGGCCGAGCGUCCCCAGUCGGUUCGUGGCCUUGCCUCCGAUGACACCGUCGACCGCACCUCCUCUUCGAUUUCCACCGUUCGAGCCCUCAACGUGUCACGAGAGGAUGUCGCCGGCUUCACCAGGGAUGUGUUGGGCGUCGCCCAGCCUUCUAACUCGGUUACCAACGCGCAGAUUGUCGAGUUUCUUCAUAUGGUCAUCCGCUACUUGGAGGAGCAUGAGCAUCCCGCGAGCUCUGUCGAGGAGCAUGUCAACCGUGAUGAGAGCAGCUAG